AUGGUCUGUGGCUAUAAAACUCACGGUGAGGUGACAGAAAUGCGAUUCAGCUUGCUGAAGAAGUCAAUUAACCAAACUACAGAGAUUUGUACUUUUUCAUACACGACCAACUAUAAACCAGUCACAGUGGGCAAUGACAUUCAGUGUGAAGGAUUUCCUGGUCCCAAAAAUGUGACUCUGCAUAUGUCAGGGCUUCAGACGGAGGACACUGGCACGUACAUCUGCAGACUGGAAGUCAUGUACCCACCUCCCUACCUAAUCAGAGAGGGCAACGCGACAUUCGUCUAUGUCAGUGGUGAGACCUUUCUCUAUGUCGUCUUAUGUAUACUAAAAUUACUUCAGUCUAAUUGUUUUGCGAAAUAUAAGAAACUGGCUGAAACAAAACAGUGUUUUGUUUUAUAUAUUGACAAUAGCUCAAGCAGAGAGUUUGGGGGAAUUCCCCUUUCAUUAGGUAAAAAAAUGUAUCAUUCAAUUGUAUUUCCUGAACCCACGAUGUAAGAAAAUUGAAUUUGCAAGAGUGAGGAAGAAAUUUCCUCAUAGACUAAAUGUUAAAAUAUGCAAAAUAUGAUCUAUGAUCAAAUAUAAAGGAUGAGCGAGCCUCCAGUCUUCAGGAUAGUUUGUAGUCAAUGAUGUCUUUAUAGCAGAUAAAGCUGUUGGCCACAGUCUAUAAAACUAUAAUGUUUGUCCCAAAGUCAUAUUACAUGUUAUCCUCUCCGUAUCAUAAGUUGUCUUCUCAGUAUAACCUGCUGCUGAGCAAAAGUUUUAAAAACAUAGAUAAGAUUUUUUUUAUACAUUAGAGUAUUUAAGUAAAUGCAGGUAAUCUGUUUUAAUAUACAUAUAUAUAUAUAUAUAUAUAUAUAUAUAUAUAUAUAUAAAUCAAUCUAUCUAUCUAUCUAUCUAUCUAUCUAUCUAUCUAUCUAUCUAUCUAUCUAUUUAUCUAUCUAUCUAUCUAUCUAUUUAUCUAUCUAUUUAUCUAUCUAUUUAUCUAUCUAUCUAGCUAUCUAUCUAUCUAUUUAUCAUGCCACUAAAUUAAAUCAUAAAUUAGUUCUAUUAUUCACUUUUUUUAAAGAAUAUGAUUUUUUCUAAGGGUGGAAAUAUUUCCCAAACACGUUCACAUGUUGAUUACGUUUAUUAGAAGUUAUCAAUUCUAUGGCACAGGGAAAAAGCAAAUAUCCACCAUAUAUGCUAAUAUAAACAGUUUUAUAUUUUAAAUAAAAUCCCAUGUCCUUAUCGGAGUCUAUUAAACGGUAAGUAUAAUCGCCGUAUCUGAGAUUCUGCAUUAAGACUAGAUAUAGAGGAAUCCAAUCAUUUAUUUUCGUUUUGUAUUUUAUCAGACUUAAUUUCAGAAUGCGCACAGACCUCAGAUCCACAGGAGCCUAUCAUGUUUGAAUGGACGCUUGCUGUGAUUUGUGCAGUUAUAUUUCUCUACAGCAUCAUUGUCACCUGCAUCCUGCUGUUUAGCAAGGUAUGUUACAUUAGCAGUGUGUUGCCUUUACAUGGUAUAAGCUAUUGAAGGACUGCAAUUUAAUUGUCAUAUCCUCACAUGUCUACUGCAAUCUAGCUUUUAGAACUGUGGUACCCUUCUACAUUCAUUGAACAGUAA